AUGGCACAAUCCAGUCCCACAUUUAUUGCAAUGAAUAACCUUGGGACUUCUGCUUCAACAUCAGCUGUUACACCUACCCAACAGAAAUUUAAUUCCUCAACUGCAAGGCUGAAUCUUCCUACACAAGGAGUUGCACCCUGCCCUCAAGGACAACCACAACUAUGGGCAAUUCCAGCUGGUAUCCCAAGUAAUAAGGCUCUUGCUCAAGGCCAAAGACCGAAUCAGCCUGUACGACAAAGCUUACAAGCUCAAGGUCAGCCAUUACAUGCGCAACCCAUAGUAUCUCAAGUCGUUCAAUGUGGAUGUCUACCCGGAAAUCUAUGUUCACAGCAUACACCCGUCCCGAGUCCUAAUCCUAUUGUUAGGUGUAUGAAGUUUCUUGUCUGUUGGGAUUGCGGACCUCUUGGAGCUACAAUUGCCAUUAUCGCUUUUGCGGUUGGUACCAUCAUAUCCUACUUUGGUAUAAAGCUGGCUAUUUGGACUGCUACUGAGGACUAUAUUGAACAUUGUCAGGCAGAUGAGGAAGCACAGCGAGCGACGCUCCAAUGUAAAAAGGCAGCUGGUCAAGCUCUACCUCCACCACCAUUUUUCGAGUAUGAUCCUACAAACAAUACUGUUGUUCGUCGAACAUUGGGUGGAAUGCUAUUAGGUUCUACUAAGUCAAUCUCUUACAACAACAAUUACGUUUGGGCAUACGCGCUCCUGUGUUGUACAUUUUGCUGGUUAAUUCUGUCCAUGACAUGCUAUUUGGCAUGGAAAUUACCAGGUACUCGACGCAUAUGGGCUGGAUAUUCCCGAAAAAUAGCCGCGGAUUCCUCAAAUAAAGUUUGGCAUCCCUCAUCAAUUUCCGAUCCAAAUCGAAGAUUCAGUCGUACGCCUAGGCGUACCGCUUGCCUGCAAGCCAUUGAGAUUAGUGGUGUAGGGAGCGAGUCAGGAUGUGAGCCUUAUGGGAUCACAAGUGCCUCAUCAUAUGCAAUAAUAGCAAAUGAAGACAACACUAGUAAUGUGAGGCGUCGUGGCUAA